AUGGCUGGGUUCUUAGCAGUGGGCAGUAUUCUCGCCAUUACACGCCCGGUGUUUGCCGCGCCCGUCAUUGAAGAGCGCGUGGUCUCUACCCCAGCAACGACAAUCACGUCGGCCGCGGCCAUGACGGUACCAGCUAUCCCUCAUACCAAUGUUACAAGUCACGGCCCGUACACUGGUCCCUCGCCAACAACCACCGGAGCCCAGUCUACAAACGUCCUUGCUUCCUCCAUCCCGGCUUUACCACCAAACCCAGCAAAGUACGACUACCCUGCAGAUGGAUACCUCCACGCCGACCAACCGGCGCCGUACACACCUGCUGGUGGGCUGGGCACCGACGGGUCUCAGCCCGUUUACCGGGUUCAGUCUGAUUUCGACUACCAGUCCAUCGCCGUCGGCCUGUAUCAGGAAUGGAUUGAGCUGGAUUUGUUUCACUACGGUCUCGCCACUUAUUCCGAUGAGGACUUUGAGGCUGCCGGCCUGACCGCUGAGGACCGAUAUUUGCUGCAGUAUAUGGCUGAGCAGGAAGUUGGCCAUGCUACUAUCCUAACCAACAUGCUUGGUGACAACGCACCUAAGCAAUGCACGUACAACUACCCAUCGAUGAACGUGCGCGAGUACGUCGACUUCUCUCAGAAGCUGACUCGAUGGGGCGAGUCCGGCGUCUACGGUUUUCUCAACCACCUCGACUCGCGUGAGGUCGGGCAGAUCCUGUUGCAGUCCAUCACCACUGAAGCCCGUCAGCAGAUGAUCUUCCGACAGUUUAACGGUCAAUUCCCCAUGCCCGUCUGGUUCGAGGUUGGUAUUCCUCAGUCCUGGGCUUGGACACUGCUCGCGCCUUACAUCUCGUCCUGUCCCGAGGGCACUCAGCAGCUUAUAUGGCAGAAUUUUCCGGCCCUCCACAUCCUGAAUCAGCCCAACGCCGCCCGAAUCAACGGUGCUGAUGUCUGGAACGAGACUCUCGGCGACUACGCCAAUACCCUGAACACCGAUGACAUCGAGCCCGAGGAGCUCUGUGCCGACUCGGAUGUUGUUGGCGAGAACUGCUCCCCGGCCAUCACUCACAAUCGCACCCAGCCACUGUCAUACCCUGGUCGCCAGGUCUUCCUUCAGUGGGAUGAACCCGGGCAGGCCGUUGGACCCAAUAACAGCUACGUCACCUCGACCUCGGCCGGCGCGCCCAAGUUCGCGCUCUGGGCUUCGCAGCUUAACGUGACCUACUCCCCCCUGUUGAACCUCAAUGGCAACUCGGCCUACACUAUCCAGCCCAAUGUCUCCACCUUCGAGGGCGACCCAGCUAUUAACGGUACCAUGUUCCUGGCAUUGACUGAUGAGGACUUAUAUGUCACUCCUUUCAACCUGAGCGCUGUUAACCCUCACAUCUACGCUUUGGCUUUAUAUCAGGCUGGCUAG